GCGCAGGCGCAGAGGACUCUUCCGCCGCUCCGCUCGGUGGCUCUCCGCGGCGCCGGCGGGCUUGGGAUGCUGCAGCUGGCGGUGGGUCGCGGCGCCUCGGCUCCCGCUAGACUCCUGUCUGGUUCCACGAUGCCUAAGAAAGCCGGCGCGACGAGCAAGGCCAGUGGCAAGUCCCGUGGUGUGCAGAGGGUGGGCCACGGGGCUACACCCGCAGGGACUAGAAGCGGCGCCUGGCAGGGUAAAAACCAAACCAAGGAACCAGAGACACCACUUCCUCCUGCAGGGCCUGUGGCAACCGACCCUAAAGGCUGUGUCACCAUUGCUAUCCAUGCCAAACCCGGCUCUAAGCAAAAUGCUGUGACAGAUCUGACCACUGAGGCUGUUGGCGUGGCAAUCGCAGCCCCUCCAUCCGAGGGAGAAGCGAAUGCGGAGCUCUGUCGGUAUCUGUCCAAGGUCUUGGAGCUCAGGAAGAGUGACGUGGUUCUGGAUAAGGGUGGUAAAUCUCGGGAAAAGGUGGUGAAGCUCUUGGCCUCUACGACUCCAGAAGAGAUCUUGGAGAAACUGAAAAAGGAAGCUGAAAAAAAAUAAAGGCAAGAAAUGUUCCAGGCUGUCCCGACAUCCUUUUCUGACCUCCGAGGGCACUUGCAGGCAUGUGGUUCCCGUGUGUGCCCACCAGGCAUACACAUACACAAACAGCCUGGAAUAUGUUACUCUAAUUUCAUGGCUUCACGGGACAGCUGGACAAGCCAAUCAGGACGACCGACCCCACCCUCUGCUGGACACGGUGGUGCCUCUGAUCUGCAGACAUCAGGAGACAGUUGAAGAUCACCGCGUGCAAGACAACAGCGGGAACCUAGCUCCCCUGACUUCCAGCGGCGCCUUGAGCCUCACAUCACCACGGUGUUUGUAGAUUCUGGGGGUUCCUAAUUCUGUUUACAAGUGAAAACCAUUUCAUGCUGCUUUAUAAUCUACCUUCUAUUUUAAGAUGUUUUACUUAAAUGCCAAAAUGUUUUUUAUAUCUUUUAAAAAUUGUAUGGAACAUUUUGUGGAAAAGUAAAUAAUCGUAGACCUGUAACGUAAUGUCAGUUUUGAAAACCUUGUAAAUCUUCAAAUCGAGUUCUUAGGAAUCUCUAAAGAUCUUAAAAGAGUAAAGAAGUGGCGGGGCGAUGGCUCGCGGUUAAGAAGCUUGCUGCUCUUGGAGAGGACUUGAGUUCACUUCCCAACAAUCCAACGUGGGAUGCCUCACAACUGCUGGUAACUCCAAUUUCAAGGGAUCCAGUGCCCCUGAUGUGGGGGCACCUACACUCCUAUGUACACACAUACACAGAGACAGACAGACAGAUACAUACGUAUAAAUUAAAAAUUAAAAAAAAAAAGUCUUUUAAAAAGAGGAGGAGAAAGAUUACCUGGAAGUCCUUUCCAUUUUAAAGCCCACCAGAGAUCACAUCCGUGAGCUGGGUUGUAGCUCAGUUGGUAGUGCGUCCUGCUUUGCACAGAGCCUUGGGUUCAAUCCCCAGCCCUGCAUAAACUGGUGUGGUGGUUCACACCUGUAAUCCUAGCACUCUGGACAUGAGGGCAGGGGGUGAUAAGUUCGCGAUGAUUCUUUCCAUAAUAGAGUUCCAGGUCAGCCUGGGAUACGUGAGCCUGUGUCCCUAGAUCUGUAUAGAUAGCGUGUAUCUCUCUCAAUAACACAUGUUGUCUAUGUCUCUAUGUAGCUAAGAUGAUAAUAAAUACGUUUUACAUGUCUUACCUA